AUCAUAACCUUUGAAGUAGGAUGAGUAGUGAUUUCUUCCCUGGCAUUUGGCAACAAAUGAUUGUCAGUGUUGUUGAUUUAUGGCUCUCCUGUUUGUAGGUUUUACCACGCAUAUGACAACUAUAUGAUGUAUGCAUUUCCGCAUGACGAGCUAAAACCCCUCACUAAAACUUUCACCAACUCCUUAAGUGAGUUGGGAAAUUUGAAGCUUGAACACUUGCCUCAAGACUACAACGGUUCUGCACUUACGCUUAUUGAAUCGCUGUCUAGCCUUGUUAUUAUGGGCAAUAACACUGAAUUUGAGAGGGCGGUGCUGUGGCUUUCGGAAAAUCUAACAUUUGAUGUUGAUGCACGCAUAAAUCUUUUUGAGUGCAACAUAAGAGUUCUUGGAGGACUUGUCUCUGCUCACUUACUUGCAUCUGAUUCUUCAAAGAAAUUGUUUCAAGGAGCUUACGAGAAUCAGCUGCUACUUCUGGCUGAAGAUUUAGGGAAACGCUUUCUACCUGCAUUCAAUACGCCUACUGGAUUGCCAUAUGCAUGGAUUAACUUAAAGGUGUGGUAAUAAUAUUCCUGUAACCAACUAUCAAGAAUUCUCAUUGUAGGGUAAGGUUGUAAACUGUACUGUUACAUGAUCCUGUCAUUAUUUGCUUUGGAGUUCCCCCCAAAAUAUUGAACUCCUUUGUUUGAUAUCCUCUUCUCUCACUCUGCUUCACAUUUCCUUGGCUGUGUCACUUUUCCAGCACGUUUUUCCUGGCCAGUGCUGCCGCUGUCUCUAGAUAUUGCCCUUCCCAUUGUCAAAUCAACAAGCUAACCCCAUCAUUGGAUUCAAAGUUAUCCAUCUUGGGGGCUAUUUUUAGGUUGAUCAUUCCAUCCAUGCUUGCCACCCGUCUCUGUUGCCCCUACAAUGUUCUGGUGUGAAACUGUGCACCAGUCCACCUUUUCAGUAAAUCCCUCCAUCCAUAGAUCGGCUUGUCUUGUGUAUCCUGGUCUACCACAGCCCAUUUGUGUGGUUCCACCACUCCAAGAGGCUGUUUGACCUUGUCUCUGUUGUGUGUAGUGCUCUUUGGCUCUGUUUCUGUCCAUUUGGACCUUCUGCUGCAUGGGUUAUUCUGUUCCAUCCCUGUUUGUUUGCAUUCCUAUCAGUUUGGCUCUGUUUGGUCUUUUUGUUUAUGUUCCUGCUUGAAUUGACAUAUUCUGUUUGUUCCUACUCUUGCUUCUACUUGCCAUGUUCAUUGCACUGUAUGACUGUUUAACUUUGGCUCUGGUAGGGCUGUUGAUUGAGUUUUAUCAGUCAUUUUCAAGCCCAUUCUAGACAGAUCAAUUCUUCCCAUUUUGUACAUGUUUUCCAAAGAUUUUGAUAAUUUUGAAAAAGUAUGGGCCUGCGCCUGCGCAUAUGAUAGGAGGCUCACUAUGAAUAUUUCUAAUGGUGCUUUCUCUCGUGCAUCUUUCUAGCAAUGUCUCUUCUCCUUGGCCAUGCAACAGUCCAACCAUGUCUUCUGAUUGUGCAUCAUUCCAGCCAUCAUUCUUUUUAUGUUACAUUUCCAUGGCAAUGCUUAUUUUGUUAUCUCUGACUCCUACAGUCAACAGUUAUUGGGAUGCGUCAUUUUGUUCUGUCGUCUCUCCAGCUAUCAGGUUUAUGGACUCAAAUUAUUUUUUUAAUCAUUUUCCUUGUUAAAUGUGUUUAUUUGUAACAAGCUAAGAGCUUAGUAAGCUUCAGCUUUAUGCCUUCAUAGAAUAUUACGAGUCUAACUAUGUUAGGAGUGUUAUUAGGCUGGGUAUGUAGUAGUUAUACAGCACAAGUACAUGACCUAGUAUAUUAGCAUAAAAACAAGCAUUUGGUUAUAUGAUAGAACCCAAUUCAAAGUAGCCAAUAUAGUUUAUGAUUAUGUCAUUUGAAUUAUGUUAUCAUAGUUUAUCUUUAGGAUUAUGUUAUUUGAAUUUAUUUUCACAGCUUAUUUUUAGUUAGGAUUUAUCAUUUGAAUUCGGUUAUCAUAGCUUAUCUUUAGGAUUUAAUUUAGGAUUAUGUUAUCUGAUUUUUUUUUUUUAUCAUAGCUUAUCUUUAGGAAUUAUAUUCUUUUAUCAAUUUUAGGGAGUUAGUUGAGGGGGAUGAUAAUGAAUACCAAGUAGCUUUAGAGAGGGCAAUUAUUGCAAACAUUUUAUUGGAUUGUAAUUAGAGCCGGUGCUCUGGGAGAGGGAGGCAGUAGAUUAAUCUGCCAAUCUCUAUUUUUUAUUUUAAAUAGUAAUACCUGCUGAAUUUUGGGUUUCCAUCA